UGAGAAAUAAUCAAAAUUUAUCUAUUGUAUUGGGAUUUAUUUACGAGUCAACGUCAGCAGUCAGCACAAUAGUGAGCACAGCGAGCCAAAAAGUUGAUAAGUACGAGGUUAUUGAAGUAGCCGCGCCCCAGUAAAGGUAGGCUACUGCACAACCAGCUGAUCAUGAGCCAGCUACCGCACUUCGAACUUCGAAGCAAACACGGCAAACUCAAUGCGAUCCAAACGAAAUGCGAAAUGCGAUCCAAACUCUGGGGAAACUGGAAACUGAAAUGUUACACGUGAAGAAUCUGUCGUGCCUAUUAAUUUUUAACACGUAGCGUGAAACGAUGGUGCCAAAAGUGAUUCUGUAUAUUGCGACCAGCAAAGAUGGUUUCAUAGCCGAUAAGAAUGGCGGAGUAGACUGGUUGCCUCCUCCCCCAGAAGAUGGCGCAGCCGAGGAUUUCGGUUACAAAGACUUCUACGCAUCCGUGGAUGCGCUGGUGAUGGGCCGCACCACGUACGAACAAAUCCUAACGUUCGGACCGUGGCCGUAUCCCGGGAAAAAAUCCUUCGUGCUCACACAUCAGCGCGAACUUCCCAAGCCCACACAGUCGCCUGACGCCCAUGUCGAGUUUACGUCGCUUCGCGCUCCCGAUUUAAUGACGCGCUUGGAAAAAGAUGGUAUGAGAACAGUCUGGCUGGUGGGUGGUGUAAAAGUGAUUGAGGUUUUCUACGACCAUGGACUGAUUGACGAGUACGUUAUUACUGUGAUACCAAAAACACUUGGCGAAGGCAUCGCACUACCUAAAGCGAUACUGGAUCAACAGGGACUGGUGGAGCUGGAAUGUGUCGAUAUCGGCAUGGGCAUGAAACAAAAAAAAUUGGUGAAAAAGAAGUGAAAGGAUUUGUCAUUUGAUUGAUAAGUUCUACUGCAGCUUCGUGAAGUUCAGAUAUGUGCGAGAUUGUAUUCGGAUUCCGGUAAUUUUUUUAUAACUUGGUGGUUUGUCGAUGGCUUGAUGGAUUUUACAGAGUAGUAUUAAUUAAAUAAGAGCGAAGAAUUCUGCCUUUUGUUUGAAGGGCUGUGGCGUUUGAGUUGUGGCGUUUUCUUUAAAUGUUACUGCAUCUUUGAAUAGUGUUUUAAAAACGUGAGCUCGGAUUUGGCGUUUCCCACCGGAACUGUGCAUUGUAGCUGAGCAGGACGUGGUAUUGACGUACUCGUAUUCAUGAACAACGAGUACGCGUAUUAAAAAAAGGUGGUUUCUUUUAUUCAAAAUAGAAUGAAAUAUUCUACGCUCUGCUCGCGAGUCGCGAUACGAGUGUUUGAAUUUAAUACGGUAUAA